GUUUUGCAUGGUGCAUUUUCGGGCGUCAGUUUUUUAAUUCGGCGUCGUGCCAGAGACGCCCAGCUGUCACGUUGUUUACGUUGACGUCACGGUUUCCCCUGGCAACAGAACGAGCCAGCUGUUCGCUCGAGAAACGUGGUCAGGGAGACGUUAAUCCACUCAGCCUGACCACGGGCCAGAAACACCAACAGCGUCGGGGGAAACAUGGGCCUGUUGUCCAUUCUUCGGAGGCUGAAGCAGUCUCCAGAACAGGAGGUGCGCUUGCUGUUGUUAGGUCUGGACAACGCUGGCAAGACCACUCUGCUGAAACAGCUGUCAGCUGAAGAUAUUAGCCACAUCACCCCCACUCAAGGAUUCAAUAUAAAGAGUGUUCAGUCCUCUGGCUUCAAGUUGAAUGUCUGGGACAUUGGAGGUCAGCGCAAAAUCCGCCCCUACUGGAGGAACUAUUUUGAGAACACAGAUGUGCUGAUCUAUGUGAUUGACAGCUCAGACAGGAAAAGGUUUGAAGAGACGAGUCUGGAGCUGGCUGAGUUGCUGGAGGAGGAGAAGCUUGCUGCCGUGCCGCUGCUAAUCUUUGCCAACAAGCAGGACCUGAUGACAGCCACCCCAGCCUCCGAGCUGGCAGAGAGUCUCAAUCUGCACACUAUCCGGGAUCGCAUGUGGCAGGUCCAGGCCUGCUCAGCAGUCACUGCUGAGGGAGUUCAGGAUGGCAUGACCUGGGUUUGCAGAAAUAUAAGAUUUCAUAAGAAAUAAUUCAGGAAGCAAAAGAUCCGUGAAGAAUUGCAGUUGCACUUUACAUUUGACCUAUCCAGUCAUUUUAUGUCAAGGACCAGAGGGUGACAGAUUGUGUUUUUUAUUUUAAUGACUAUCACGUCUUGGCAUUAUGAAAAACAUUGAGAAGAAAUUGUCAAUGCAGUCAUUGCACACAUUAACCUCUUAGCCCUGUCAAUGCAUAUCUUGAGUUGUAUAUACUGUACAAAUACUAUUUUAUUCCAACUGCUGUUUCUGCAUACAUUGUUCUUGUAAUGUGGUACUUUUAAUGUGUGGGUAUGUGGACACUGACUGUUUGAAUAAACAUUCGGUAUUUUG